AUGGAUUCACAAAGCCUGUUCAACGUCAAGGACAAAGUGGUGCUGGUCACUGGAGGCGCCAAGGGGAUUGGCCGCAUGAUCUCUGAAGGCUAUGUGGCAAACGGCGCGACGGUCUACAUCUCGUCGCGGGACGCAAAAGCCUGCGAGCAAGCUUGCAAGGAGUUGAAUGCCCUUGGCAAGGGCAAGGCUCAUGCUAUUCCGGCCGACUUUUACAAGUACGAGGACGUCAAGAAGCUGGCCGAGGAGCUGGCCAAGCGCGAGACCAAGCUUCACGUUCUCGUCAACAACUCCGGUUCAAAUUGGGGAGCCCCUUACGACAAAUAUCCCUCCGAGGCCUUCACUCGGGUACUGACUCUCAACUUGCACCGAGUCUUUGAUCUCACCCAACUGGUCACUCCUCUCCUGGAAAAUGCUUCCUCUCCUAAUGACCCAGCACGCAUUAUCAACAUUGGUAGUAUUGAUGGGCUUCGUGUUCCCUCCCUCGAGACCUUCGCUUACAGCUCGAGCAAAGCUGGUCUUCACCACCUGAGCCGAGUGUUGGCGAACCACCUCGGCAAGCGCAACAUCACCUCCAACACUCUUGCCUGUGGCCCCUUCGAGAGCAAAAUGAUGGCCGCCACCUUGAAGUCCUUUGGUGACGCUAUCAAGGCUGGAGUGCCCUUGGGUCGUAUCGGUACUCCUGAAGAUGUUGCUGGUGCUUGCUUGUUCCUUAGCAGCCGUGCUGGUGCCUUCAUCAAUGGCGCUACAAUUACGGUUGAUGGAGGUAGUUCAAUUUCGGCUAAGAUCUAG